UGGCUGCGUGCCAGGUUUAAAGACUCGCUGUUGCUGCGUUAAUUAAUCGACAAGUACUGUGUGAAAUAUUAAGAUAUUACUCGUCAUACAGCCAGCAGUGCUGCAGUAAAACGCGCAACAAGAACUGUAUUCAUGAAUUCAUAAAUAUGAACAAGUGGGAAGCGUACACACACACACAAAAAAAAACCAAAUCAUUUCACAGCAUAACGAAACUAUUUUAACACUUUAUAAAGCAGCAGUUUAAAACAUGAACACGUGUAUCGUAAGAGAAGCAACGCGAUUAAUUCCAGCGCCACAUUCCUAACAGGAUUUGUACUGAAAGACGCAACAAGUAUUUUUGGUGCGCUGUAACCAUGUCUGCUGAAGCCGGCGGUGUACAGCCCGGGGGUCCCCCAAUCUCCAUCUCGUUCUCCGGGUCCGGGUUCAUGGUAGUUUACCAGCUCGGGGCUAUCCAGUGCCUGCUCGAUCUGGCUCCCGAGGUCAUACGCGCGGCGCCCAAGGUCUACGGAUCUUCGGCCGGCUCGCUGGCUGCUGCCGCUGCUGUUUGCGGGGCGAGUAUGGAAGGACUGCGCGAUGAGAUCGUGGCGGCCGCGCUGCAGGUGCGGGAACACGUCCUGGGACCCUUGCAUCCCUCCUUCAGCCUCUCCAAGGUCCUCCAGAGCAGCCUGCAGCGGAACCUGCCGGAGAACGCGCACCGGCUGGCCACGGGCCGGCUUCACGUCUCCAUGACGAGGCUGGCGGACGGUGAAAACAUUCUGGUGUCCGACUUUCAGUCCAGAGAAGACCUCGUCCAGGCUCUGCUGUGCAGCUGUUUUGUGCCGGUGUACUGUGGUCUGGUGCCCCCUAGUUUCAGAGGCCAGCGCUACAUUGACGGUGGCUUUACCAACAUGCAGCCCAGCCAGGAGGCCUGCCUCACAGUCACCGUGUCCCCUUUCUCUGGAGAGAUGGACAUCUGCCCUCAGAACCCGACCAUCAGCUUCUACAACCUGGCAGUGAGCGGCGCCAACUUCCAGCUGACUGUCCAGAACUGCACGAGGAUGGCCGACGCACUCUUCCCUCCCACGGGAACGGCACUGAAGCAGAUGUACUACAGAGGAUACCAGGAUGCUAUCUUCUUCCUGCAAAGACAUGAUCUGAUGGCCCCGCAGUCUCCUGCCGAGUCCCGCUCCCUCUCCGUGGCUUCUCUCCGCUGCAGUGGUGGCACAGCCCUCCUGGCCGUGCAGAGCUCUCUCCAGGGGGAGGCGGGUGACAGUGACGCCACGCCCCCGUGUGCAGAGAACUCUUCAGAUCAAUUGGAGGAGCUGGAAUGGACGCUGGGCUCCAUGGAACAGAGUCUUUACCAGAGCCUGCCAGCCUGGGUCCAGGGAGCUUUGCUGUGCAACAUAGUGGGGAAGCUGGGGCUGCUGGGAUCUGUGAGCAGCUUCCUUCCUGCGCGCCUGGCUUCAUACAUCCUGCUUCCCUACACACUUCCUGUCUUCAUCACCUACUCCCUGAGCCAGAGGGUGCUGCGCUGGCUGGUGGCUUUACCUGAGGAGAUGUUCUGCUUCUGGCAGGAAAUGAAGCAUUUCACACACUUCAUGAGAAACGUCUUCAUCCAGUCUGUCCAACAGCAGCUAUUGCAGAGCCUAGUUAGUUGCCUUUCCCUAUCCCCGGUGCUCUCCCUCCUCUCCCCCCCCUUCGAGGAGGACUCUGCUGAGAUCCCCGCCCUGCGCCGCCGCUCCACCCUGCGCCUGCACCUCUCGGGCUCCUCCUCCAUGGACCUGCAGGCCCUGGAUCUCCAGGGGGCCUCCAGCGACGUCCUGGCCUUUGAAUUCAAGCUGGACCUGCAGCUAGGGGUGGAACAGAAGCCCGGCAGGCCAGCCCUGAACCGGGGCAGCUCCCUGCCCUGGGGAGGAGUCCUUCCUCUGGGGUUCAGGGCUAACUCCCUGCCUGAGAUCACCUUCCUGGAUGUGGAGGAGGUGGAGGACUCCACUGAGGAGACCCUACCAGAGCAGCUCUGCAUCUCACAGACCCGCAAGAGGUCCAGUAUCCACUGGAGUCCAGAACCAGAGAACUGUGAGGGGGACGCCAGGGAGACCCUGCCAGGGCAGCUCUGCAUCUCACAGACCAGCAAGAGGUCCAGUAUCCACUGGAGUCCAGAACCGGAGAACUGUGAGGGGGACGCCAGGGAGACCCUGCCAGGGCAGCUCUGCAUCUCACAGACCAGCAAGAGGUCCAGUAUCCACUGGAGUCCAGAACCGGAGAACUGUGAGGGGGACGCCAGGGAGACCCUGCCAGAGCAGCUCUGCAUCUCACAGACCCGCAAGAGGUCCAGUAUCCACUGGAGUCCAGAACCGGAGAACUGUGAGGAGAACUGUGAGGAGCUCCCACAGAUCUGAGACCGCUCUGCACAGAACCGUUCAUCACAGGGCAGCUGGAUCUGUGGAAGCUGUCCCGUUCAGGGCACUAAAAACAGGCCAGCAUGCAAGAAGUACACUGAACAUGUUCAACUGAACUGCACUUACUCACAUAGUAGGAAUCGUAG